CGCAGUUCCGUUCGGGGAAGGGCCGCCGCCCCAAGGCUGGGCGCGGCGGAGGAGGAGGGGGUGCAGGUGGGGGUGGUGGUGGAGUCGGGUCGUCUGGUGCUGGAGUGGACGAGGGGACCCUGCCAGGUCCAGCUGAGCAGCCGCCUCAGCAGUCGCAGCAGCAGCAGCAGCAGCAGCAGCAGCCGCAGCAGCCACAGCAGCCGCAGCAGCAGCAGCAGCAGCAGCCGCAGUAGUCGCCGCAGACAAGGUAGGC